AUGAGACAACUCAAGCACAUUGGGUCCAUCCGAGAAUAUGUAGAAAAUUUUUUCAUGUUGGUGUUGGAAGUACCUUGGAUGGACGAGAAAGAUAAGCUUCAUUAUUUCAUGAAAGGUCUUUAG